AUGGGAAAGGGAGUGGGGAAGUGGGAUGGUGGAUGCCAGGGAGGAGAGCACGGGCGCGGGGGCUGGAACCGGGAACAGGAGCACGGGGAGACCAGGGCUGAGAGACCGACAGGGGAAGCACUGAAGCGCGGGGAGGCGAGAGCCGAGGCAGGCUGGUGCAGGAAACCUUGCGGAGGCUCAUCCAUGACGCAGGAGGCGCACGGAUCCAUCUCCCCAGGAACAAUUAAACGCUGUGUCGGGUGGGCAAACUCACGUGGUGCAAGUGUGAACAAAGUGUACCCGCUGUGGGAGACUGCGCUAACUCCCUCCAUCUCCACUAUUCCAGAAAAUCUGUUUGAGUCCCCCCCACCCCCAGACAUUUCCACCAAAGACAGUGUUACUCCCCCGGUCUCCGCUGUCCCUGUUACAACCGACUGUCCGGGGGAUAGUCUCCAGCUUCGUUUUCAGAAAUCUGGCACGGCCAAGUCCGUCACAUCCACUUAUUCUGAGCUUCUCAACAAGCUGUAUUCCCAACUGGCAAAGACCAGCUCGGUUGAAGUGCCAGUGAGCAAGGCGCUUCCUGCAGGGGCCCAGCGCUCCCCAGACUGCAGCGGAGCCCCUCCUGCCCCGCGGACUCUGCUGCCGCAGCCCCAACAGCCAGACCAGCCCCUCCAGCAUCAACUUUCCCCAGAUUCCUCUGGUCUGGCUGCAACCAUCCGAGGGCCGCUGGCCCCGCAGCUGUUUUGUUGUCUGUUUGUGCACAAGCUUUGACCAUUUAAAAGCCCACUUCUACAGAUAUGAUGAGCAGGUUUUUCUGUGUUUAGAAAGGCUAAGUUCGUCGAUUGCUGGAAAAGUUCUGUCCGAGCGGAGGUGAGACACAAACGUGGAAAAACACCAGGGCCAGAUGUUGUUCACUAGGACAGCUGUACAUAUUUUGUACAAUACAUAUUCUAUUUUAAUUAUUUUAUUUUAAUUUUAAGUUUGUAUACAUAUACUUAUUUUCCUUGUUUUUUAUAAGAAACACUGGAUUCUGUGUAUUCCAGGAUUGUAGACGCCAUGCAGUCACACACACAGACACAGGCAUACAAACUGAUGCACAGACACACAUGCCUGUCGUACCUGCUGAUGAAAACCGAGUGACGGAGAUUCACCGGCACACCCCUUCACCGGCACCCACCCCCUCCCCUCUCAUUUGAAUCAAAGUCUUUAAGUUCCGGGGGGAGUAGUACCAACAAAGUGUUUGUCUUCAUCGACCUGAUGUAAGCUGAUCAGUCCAGUUUACCCAGAGAGCUUCAGGAGAAAUAUGUACUGACUCGACGCAUUGCCAAGAAUGUUUUCAUUAAUCAAGAACGAAAGUCGGAGGUUCGAAGACGAUCAGAUACCGUCGUAGUUCCAACCAUAAACGAUGCCAACUAACCCUAUCAGUGCAGUUUACCCAGAGAGCUUCAGGAGAAAUAUGUACUGACUCGACGCAUUGGCACAGGAGUGUGUGGGGAAGUCAAACUGGCCUUUUGAGAGAUCGUCCUGCAGGAAGUUUGCCAUGAAAAUAAUCAACAAGAAGAACUUUCAAUAUGAAGGGACAGCGACGAGAAACGCACAAACUGAGAUCGAGAUUCUGGAGAGAAUCAACCACCCAUAUUCCCACAGUGAAUAAUGGGACUGAAGCAUGGAGACCAAAUUGAAAUAUGGAAAUUCUGCUCAUUGACUAUGAUGUAAAUGAUGACCUGGCCCAGGGGAUUCAAGAAAAUCUAUUUGAGUUCCCCCCCCCCCGAGAUUUCCACCAAAGACUGUGUUACUCCCCCUGCCUCCACUGUCCCUGUUACAACUAAUGAAGUGCUAGUGAGCAAGGAGCUUCCUCCGGGUGCUAUCAUCAGGGCUACAGCGGUUUAUAAGAAGACAUCAGCUGUUUAUAGGCUGAAACUUAAAGGAAAUGACGAAAGGGCACCACCAGGAGUGGAGCCUGAAGGGACAGCGACAAGAAACACACAGACUUAGAUUGAGAUUCUAGAAAUUAUAGUAUAGAAAUUAUAGAAAAAGAACAAACGUGUGCCAACAGGCCAUUUAAUAUGGGUUAACCUUUAUGUAGAGAGAGGGGUGAAACAGGGCUGCCCUCUGAGUUGCUCUAUACAUCCUGGCCGUCAACCCCCUUAUUAAUACUAUAAACUCUGAUAGGGUUAUAUCUGGCACACGCUUUGGGCUCGUUCCCAAAGUUACUGCCAUGGCGUACACAGAUGAUGUCAGCGGCCAUCUCCAGGAAUGCUCUCUGGGUCGCUGAUCGCUCCAAGUGGAGGAAAAGGAGAGGGAGAGCAGACACGAUCCAGAAUAUACCCUCAUUUAUGUUGAUUUAAUGUAUGAAUAUGAAAAACUUAAAAUUGACUGGAAUGGCCUCCCGAGUGAAAUUAUUUAUUUUGAAAUUGCAGUAAAUCACUGGACAUUUUUUGUUGUUAAAUAGAAACUCCAAGACACAACAGAGCUCAGUUUGCACAUUUUAUUUUAUUAGUUAAAUUUUUGUAAUUGUUGUAUUGUUUAUAAUGAUGUGUCAUGUAGCCUGUUGUCUGUUUAAAUGUAUAACUUGUAAAGUGGCAGGGG